GGGUUUCGAGUACCUCAUCCUGGACUCGCUAGCUCUGGGCAACAUGUUCUUCCACAGCGACGAGAAUGUGAAGGUGCUGGCCUGCCCGCUCCUCAUCCUGCAUGCAGAAGAUGAUGCUGUGCUGCCUCCGCACCUGGGCCGCAAGCUCUUCGAAACCGCACGCAGCGCCUACAAGGACAAAACCAAGGUGAAGUUCAUUACCUUUCCUGAAAAGCUGGGCCUGGGCCAUGACUACAUCUCGUUCAACCCAGAGUUGCCUGCGCUGGUGAAAGACUUCUUGAACAUUAAGUGAUGCCAGCUGCUGCAUGCAGCAACCACCAGCGCUCCCUCAAACCCACACCAGGAACCCCUCGCUGCACUGAACUUACUGCUGUACGUAAUAAAAACUACUGAGAAACUUUCUAA